CACUCUCAGGAGGAGGACUUUCCCUGGGUCUGGUAAACAGCUGACAGCUCACUUUGCGAGCUCUACCCUCCUCCUCUUUUCUCUGGUUUCUGCAGCCCGUUCCGUGUUGAACUUACACUAGCUGACAAGCUAAAGACCACUUUGAUAGUAUUCCACUGAUCAAUCAUGCCAUUGGGGAACUUUAUGGGAUCCAAGGGGAGGUGGGUGCUGAGCGCUCUCCUUAUUUGUGCCGUCAUCUUUGAGUUAGCUCAUUGUCAAAAAGACACACAAGAACGGAGGACCACACCAGGAAGGAAGCCCAAGCCCAUCAAACCCAAACUUGGGAAAUCAACAAAUAAAGAGCCCAUAGCUGUAACAGCCAAACCCAAGAUCAGAGCUACAGCUGCAGCCCGGACUGUCCUCACCCAGGUGCUAAACAGAGGGAAGUUUAAGAAAGUGGGGGAAACUAUAAGUGUGCAGACAGGAGACACCAUGGAGCUGAGGUGCAGGGGCAAACCUGUGCAGUGGGGCGUCCCACAGUACCUGGAGGAGGACGACGAUGGCCGCCUCAGGAUUGUUCAACACCAGCGAUAUGGCGUUCUGACGUUAGUCAACACCACUGGUGCCGACACAGGGGAGUACACCUGUUUUCCUAUGUACUGUGAGGACACGGACUGCAGGAAGGAGUACAACAAAGCCGUCAAGGUCUUCGUAUUCUUUCCUGACCCACACGAGUUAUUCGUUCCGUCGUCCGACUACUACGAGGCCAUCCAGCUGAGGACCAACUGGCCGACGCUGCUCCCCUGCCAGGUGACGUCACCUGAGGCUAAAGUGACUCUGCAGCGCGAGUUUCCCCCCGGGGAGGUGGCCGUGGACGGGAGUGAGAUCUCCUUCAACGUCAAGAGGGGCUUCACCAUCCACCGACCCCGGCCUCAUCACGCCGGAGCCUUGUUCUGUGUCGCCAGUCUGGGCGACUUGAGGCAGAGCUCCACCAAGUACAUGCUCAUCUAUGUCAACUACCCCAUGGCUCCUCCUGCUCCAGUGAUCCAGGCAUCCUCAAGCUCGCCGGCUGUGGGGGAGAAUCUGCGUGUCAGCUGCUCUGUGGUGGGGGAACAGGACGUGGUCGUGGAGUUCACCUGGGAAUACCCAGGACAAGAGAUUGGAAGGCCCCUGUACACGCAGGACAGCGUCACUCCAAUCGGCGGAGGAGCGGCGCGACAGCAGUCUCAGUCCGUCCUCCUGGUGGACGAGGUGAGGGACGUGGACCAGGGAGCGUACACCUGCACCGCCGUGAACCUGCAAGGCACCAAAUCCGUGUCCACCAGUGUGAAAGUGGUCCCCAAAGCCAAACCCAGGAAACCGUAAACCAACGAAGAAGGUGGAGACCAGGAGGUGUUAAACAGUAGUGUAAUUACUGACAUAAAUAUAUAGGUACAACAAAAUAUCAUUUUCUCCUCCUGAAGUGACUAGUGAAAAAACACUUUUUUCUACUUUUUUUGAUUAUGCAUGACCACGCCCAACACGAGGGCCUAUGAAAAGAAGCAGCAAUGAUAAUAAUAUUAUCAUGAGCUAAAGGGGUUUUUUUUUAUUUGAGGGUGAUAUGGUUUCUGUAAAAAUCAUCAUCCAUCAUUUGUGAUAUUUUGUGGAAUUGUUUGAUUCAUAAUUAUGAUGUUAAUUUACAUCAAUGUCACAAUAAUUAUAUGAUCAUAAUUAUUUUAUUAAAUAAUUAACCAACACCAAUUCCUUUCUAGAUUCAGAGUACAUUCUUUUGUGAUUGAAUUAUCUUCGUUUUACACGGUUGGACUGAAUAAA